AUCAUCAGUUGGCUUCCAGCUUCCUCUUCUGCUACGUGAAGUUCCACAGUUUUCAAACCCCAAGCAAGAAACUUCCAGCAAUGAAGAUCUUCGUGUGUCUCCUGGCUACUUUGGUUGCCACCUCAUCGGCUGGCUUCAUUGGAGGAUCCGGCGGCGGCGGCGGCGGCGGCGGCGGUGGCUACAGCUAUGGAAUCGGUUCUGGAGGAGGCGGCGGCGGCGGCCACCAGGAAGUGAAAACCAUCCAGGUCAUUCACCAGGAAGGUGGCGGCUACUCUGGCGGCGGUCAUGGAGGAUACUCCGGCGGUGGCCACCAGGAAGUUAAGACCGUUAAGGUUAUCCAUCAGGAAGGUGGCGGUCAUGGCGGUGGCUAUUCCGGCGGUUACUCUGGCGGUCACGGAGGCUACUCUGGCGGCGGCCAUCAGGAGGUUAAGACCGUUAAGGUCAUCCAUGAGGAAGGACAUGCUUUGGGCGGCGGCGGCGGUUAUGCUGGUGGCUUCUCUGGCCACGGACACGGACAUGGUGGUGGCCAUCAGGAAGUGAAACUCGUCAAGGUUAUCCAUGAGGAGGGCGGUCAUGGUCAUGGACAUAGCGGUGGCUACUCCCACGGCGGAUUCUCUGGCGGUCACCAGGAGGUUAAGACUGUGAAGGUGAUUCACCAGGAGUCUGGCGGUCAUGGCGGUUACUCUGGCGGUGGUCAUGGAGGCUAUUCCGGCGGUGGUCAUGGAGGAUACUCCGGCGGUGGUCACCAGGAGGUGAAGACCGUCAAGGUUAUCCAUGAAGAAGGACAUGCUCUGGGCGGCGGUGGCGGUUAUGCCGGUGGCUUCUCUGGCCAUGGACACGGACACGGUGGUCAUGAGGAGGUUAAGGUCGUGAAGGUCAUCCACGAGGAGGGCGGUCACAGCCACGGCGGUCACGAUCAUGGCCAUGGUGGUCAUUCGCACGGUGGAUUCGAGGAGGUCAAGACCAUUAAGGUCAUUCACGAGGAGGGUGGCCAUGCCCAUGGCGGCCAUGGACCUGCCCCCAUCAUUAGCAACGAAUACCUGCCACCCAGCAAUGAGUACCUGCCUCCAGUAUCUGCCCCUCAGCCUGGCUACCUGCCACCCUCUUCCAGCUGGAAGUAAAGUCUCAUUCCAUUCCAUUUGAGCCAUACUGAUCCUUGAGAGCUUUUUGUUAAGUAGUUUUAAGCCUUCUUUUUUUUCCUACCCAUAUUUUUUUUUACUGUUAUACCCAUCUAAACUCACUUGUUAGAAAAAAUAUAGAAACCAUUUUGUAAAUUAUAAA